AUGAGUACUGAUGAGAGAGUUGGUUCUCCUGUCAGGAAUACAGAAAUAGUUGUUAUUUGUGAGUGUAUGCACCAUUGUAGUAUGGAGGAUAUUAAAAGUGUGGGUAAUUUCUACACUUGGAAUAACAAGCAGCAGGGUACAGCUAGGGUAUUCUCUAAAAUUGAUAGAGUAAUGGCUAACCCCAAAUGGCUAGGUGAUUAUAGUUCAACUGAGGUUUUCUUUAUGAAUGAGGGGUGUUUUGAUCAUUCUCCUGGUUUAUUGACUGUUUACCCUAGGGAUACAGGGGGGAGAAAGCCUUUCAAAUACUUUACAAUGUGGAAAUCUGCUCCUCGGUUCAUGACAAUUAUUCAGGAACAAUGGAAUAGUCAAGUACAGGGGAGAAAGAUGUUUUGUGUAGUUCAUAAGUUGAAGAAGGUGAAGUUGGCUCUUAAAGAGUUGAAUAUGGGUGGUUUUUCUGAUAUUCAAGCUUCUGAUCUUCAAGCUUAUCAUGACAUGGUUACAUCUCAAACUGCAAUGCAUCUUCAGCCUACUGAUCAGACACUUGCUGAUGCAGAAAUCAUUGCAGUACAGAAUUAUAAAAUUAAGCAUCAAGCUUAUCUGGAUUUCUUGAAACAGAAGGCAAAAGCUGCUUGGCUUAAAGAUGGUGAUGAAAAUACUUCUUUAUUUCACCAGAGUAUUAAAGCUAGGAAUGUUCAUAAUCAGGUUUACAGUAUUCAUGACAUGGAUGGGGUUUGGAGAGAUAACCCUGCAGAUAUUUCUCAAUUAGCCUUUUUAAAUUUUUAUACAGCUCUGUUGGGUGGUCCUAUGGUUACUCAUGCUCAUAGAGAUAUCCUUAAUGCUCCAUACACAGCUGCUGAAGUAAAGAAGGCUUUGUUCUCUAUUCCUGGUGUGAAAGCCCCAGGUCCUAAUGGUUUUGGUUCAUAUUUUUUCAAGGAUGCCUGGAACAUUGUUGGUGAUGAUAUUAUUAAUGUUGUGCUUGAUGUUCUGCAGUAA